AUGACCGACCAGUCUGGAACGCUGUCCUUGAUACUCGUUGAGAAACAUUCGUCGAGACCGAUCCGAGGACGCAGACGCGAUCUUGGCAACAAACUCGAUGCCUUCUUAAGAGAGGCAUAUGAAAUUAACCGAUCCAUCUCGUCCCUCCUGACCUAUUUGCGCUCCUUACGUUCUCCUUACCUAUCCAAUGCCCCGCCACCCCGCCACCCCAAGAGGCCAGACGCAGCUGCUCAUGCGGUGACUGGCGCUGCUGUGACCAGUCAAGAUGUGCCCGAGUAUCUGACCGAUUCCCAACGGGAAGCAAUCGACCACGAGACCUCCUCGGUGCUCCGGGAAAUCAACACCAAGAUCACCAACCUCUCUUCCGCAGUCAACCUGCAGCAUGAUACAGCGAUGAAAUUACUGGAGAAGAAGUAUGGGCGGCCAGAUGGCUUUCUCUGGCGCUGGGCAGCAGGGGACGGGGAUGCCCCCGACGCCGGGAAGUCGUCAAAACAGAUUGAGGAAGAGGGCCGGAUCAGGACACUCAAAUCGGUCCGAGACGGGGUCCUGUGGUACUUAAGCAAGAGGCUAAAUGACGCCAUCAUGGUCCAACAAGAGAUGGUAGAGAAGAGAUUGGAACGAGAACGACAGAAGCAGAUGAGUGCUCUCCAUGACCCUCGAAAUAAAGGCGUCCGGGCCGCUGGAGAGCCUGAAUUCAACACAGACGGUCCAGAGACCCUUCCCAACCGCGAUUUACGCGGCCACGACGAAUACAGACCUUGGAACGACACUCCUCGAAAAGACCAGACGCAGCAGCUGUCGGCCGAGCAAUUACAACUAUUUGAGGAAGAGAAUAGGAGCAUUUUCGAGCAUUUCAACGACCAGCUGGCCAAAGUCACCCAGGUGGAAAAGAGCCUGAUGGAGAUCAGCAGUCUACAGCAGACGCUGGUCGGGCAUCUCAGCGUUCAGGGCGAGAUGAUUGGGAGCUUGGUAACAGACGCGGCCAAUACGGAUGAAAAUGUGCGCAAGGGGAAUCGGGAACUGAAGAGGGCAAGUGAGCGAGGUAGCACUGCGCGCUUGGUCUUCUAUGCGACGGUCGGCUUUUGCUCGUUCUUGGUGGUCUGGGAUCUGAUCUUCUAG